CAUCAGUGUUGGUCAGCGCGGUUGGAGCUAGCAGGUGUGGGCCUGCUGUAGCCAGGAUGAGGGGGACUUCUCUGGUUCUUGUGUUCUUGUGCGUUGGGGAUCUGGAGGGAUGGUGGUGGCACAAGGUCCCCAAGACCAUCACCACGGAGGAACCAGUGCAGACCACUCCACAGAUAGGGACCACCUCUCCUUCUCCCUCUGAGAACCUGGAGAACCACAGCCUUACCAGGGUGGGAGAGGCAAUCCUAAACGUGGCUACAGGAAUCAGUAAGUUAGUAGAGGAGUGGGACCAGAACAUGUCCUUGACACCCGCUCCGACUCCAGAUGCUACUAACGGGACUCUACUGGAGGACGUCGCUAACGCUAACACCACCACGACGGGUGACCGCGGCCUGACCUUCCUUCAGCUCCUGGGGGAGGGGUCCUGGGACAGUGCCAAUCGAGGGUAUGGCCCACGGGGAGAGUCAUCAUACGUGUUCAGCCGGGGGUCCGUGUCGGGACAGCCGGCUCUGGCUCUGUUGCCCAACCCCUUCUACAGGUACUUCUCCAUGCUCUUCCACAUCAAACCCACGUCCAAUGCCGCAUCCGUGCUGAUGGCGGUCACAGAUGGCCCUCAGAGAAUCAUGUACGUUGGGGUGAAGCUGAGCGAGGUGCAGGCUGGGAAACAGAAGGUGCAGUUCUUCUACACAGAGCCCGACUCGGAGCGCUCCUAUGAGGCCGCUAGCUUCACGGUGCCCAGCAUGGUGAACACGUGGUCCCGCUUUUCCCUGGCCGUGUUCGAGGAGCUGGUCACCUUCUACUAUGGCUGUGACUCCGACCCUCAGACCGUCCGCUUCGAACGCUCACCCGACCCCAUGGAUCUGGACAAGGCCUCAGGGGUGUUCAUAGGCCAGGCUGGGGGAGCAGACCCAGACAAGUUCCAGGGCGAGGUUCUGGAGAUGAGGCUGGUGGGGAACUCUCGAGAAGCUGAGCGCCUCUGUGACGGAGAUGACGACUCGGACGCGGCGUCUGGGGACUUUGGCAGUGGAGCUGGAGAACGCACAGAAACUAUCUACACAGUCAAGACCACCCCCCCCUCUCUGCGGCCGGUCCCGGAGCCUCCAAUCGUAGCGUCCAAAGGGGGCAGGAUGACAGAAAUCAGAUAUAAAGAUCCCGCGGUGGAGCACAGCUGGUCUGGACGUCCGGGUCCCAGAGGUCCGGGUGGGGCCAAGGGAGAAAAGGGCGACAGAGGAGAGAAAGGUACCAAGGGGGAUCGGGGCAUCGCAGGACCCAAAGGAGAGGCGGGAACCACGCACACAUCAGGGUCCUCCACUGCUGGAACUGAGCGAGGACAGAAGGGAGAAAAAGGGGCAAAGGGCAGCUCAGGCAUUGGUUACCCUGGUAACAAAGGGGAUCGUGGGCUCCCAGGACCACAAGGGCCCCCUGGAGCCCCAGGACCUGCAGCAGAGGUGGUCCGACUUGGAGACGGCUCUGUCGUGCAGCAAGUACCUGGACCUCAGGGACCUCCUGGAUUUCCAGGUCUGGAUGGGCCUCCCGGUCCUCCAGGAGCAGACGGAGAACCGGGAGAUCCAGGCGAGGAUGGGAAAGUUGGGCAACCGGGCCCCAAAGGGCCUCCUGGAAGUAAAGGCAGCUCUGGAGCCAAAGGACAAAAGGGAGAGCGUGGAGAAGGGCAGCCAGGGCCCCGUGGGCCCCCAGGACCCCCUGGACCUCCAGGAUUGGGUAGUGGUGACCGACCUACAUUCCUGGAUAUGGAAGGCUCUGGAUUUGCAGAUAUGGACAAAAUCAGGGGCCCCCGUGGUCCCCCAGGCCCUCCAGGCCCUCCUGGUCCUCCCGGGACAUCAGUCGCGUUUGAUGCCAAUGGUCCAGUGGCCAUUGGACCUCCUGGACCACCAGGACAGGAUGGAGCACCCGGUCUACCUGGACCUCCGGGACCUCCUGGAGCAUCAGGUCAACCCGGACCCAGAGGAGAGAAGGGAGACUGUGGAGACAUGAGCUCCUCAGGAGGGGGCCAGAAGGGCUCCGGUUUUUUCGAUGGGCUCUUCUCUUACUUUAGCCCUGCCCACUCGCUGUUUAACGCCUCUGAGGGUGCUCAGGGUGAUCCAGGACAGCCAGGCACACCUGGACAGACCGGGCUAGCAGGUCUCCCAGGACCAAUGGGACCAAUGGGACUUCCGGGACCCCCAGGGCCUCCAGGCCCCCCCUACGGUGUCUAUGAUGGUGAUGUGGGGAACAAUGGUAUAUCAACUAUCAGGGGCCCUCCGGGGCCAGAGGGCCCACCUGGUGUCCCCGGGCUGCCUGGGAAGCCUGGUUUACCUGGCAACCAUGGAGACAAAGGUGCUGAAGGCCCCAGGGGCCCUCCUGGGAUCCCCGGCCUAGAUGGCUUUCCUGGACAGGAAGGAGCAAAAGGAGACAAAGGAGUCAAAGGAGAGAUGGGUUUACCUGGGCGAGAGGGUGGCCCACCUGGACCUCCAGGCCCUCCUGGGCCUCCAGGACAAAUAAUCUACCAAUCUGCAGGCGAUAAUAACGACAUUUAUUGGAACGAAGGGUGGGAGGAGGGGAGAAUUGGUGCUGUGGGUGCAGCAGGAGCCCCGGGGCCAGUAGGAGAGAAGGGUGACAAGGGAGAUGUGGGCCCUCCUGGAUAUGCCCCCAAGGGCGAGAAGGGUGAGCCUGGCAUCAUCAUGGGGCCGGACGGGCGACCCAUGUAUCUGGGUGGUCUCGCUGGAAAACCGGGGGAUCCAGGGCCCCCAGGACCCAUGGGACCCGCAGGCCCAGUUGGACCUCAAGGACAGAAGGGAGAGAUUGGUUUCCCUGGUCGUCCGGGCCGUCCUGGACUCAAUGGGGCCAAAGGAGAGAGAGGCGACUCCAGUGGGGGAUACUCAUACCCUGGGCCUCCUGGUCCUCCGGGGCCCCCUGGACCUCCUGGACCCCCUGCACCCUAUGUCAACACACACACGGGCUAUGAUGACCACUCCAGGCACUAUCCAGCAGCAAAAGGAGACAAAGGUGAUCGUGGAGAGCCGGGUUUCCCAGGUCUGCCAGGAGGGGGAUCCCAGUUUGACAUCCAUACACUGAGGGGUCAUUUCAAAGGAGAACCAGGAUCUAAAGGAGAGAAAGGAGAGCCAGGUGGUGGAUACUAUGACCCUCGCUAUGGAGCAGGUUUUGGAUCUCCAGGAGCACCCGGCCCUCCGGGCCCUAAAGGAGACUCCAUUAUGGGGCCACCUGGAUUUCCGGGACUGCCUGGUUCUCCAGGACGAGGCAUUGAUGGUCAGCCAGGACCUCCAGGGCCUCCCGGACCUCCAGGACCGACUGUAUCUGUAGAUGGACGGGGUGUACAGACCAUCAGCAUCCCUGGGCCCCCAGGACCCCCUGGAGCACCUGGUGUACCUGGACAUUCUUCAGGGGUGACGGUUCUGCGCACCUAUGACACCAUGAGAGCCACAGCGCGGGGGCAGCCCGAGGGCUCCCUGGUCUAUGUCCUGGACCAGACCGACCUGUACCUCCGGGUCCGUGACGGAAUCCGCCAAGUACAGCUCGGGAGCUACAUUCCUCUGCCUUAUGAAGAUGGAAAUGAAGUUGCUGCUGUGGUGCCACCCCCAGUUGUCCCCUACUCUCCAGAUGUUCAGUACCCCUCUCAACCCGACCCUCGGUACCCCUCUCAGCCCGACCCUCGGUACCCCUCUCAACCCGACCCUCGGUACCCCUCUCAACCCGACCCUCGGUACCCCUCUCAACCCGACCCUCGGUACCCCUCUCAGCCUGACCCUCGCUACCCCUCCCAGCCAGACCCACAGCCCCCGUCUCAGCCGGAACCCCAGCCCCCUUCAGAUCCCCGGUACCCCUCCCAGCACGACCCUCGCUACCCUUCCCAAUCCGAUCCGCGGUACCCUGCUCCCACUGACCCUCGUUUCCCCAGUUACACAGAGCGGAUACACCAGCCAGAUGGAAGGUACACAGUGCAUGCGGCCCAGGACCGGAACUACCACCCCAACUUCCCCUACUACCCUGUCACCGCUCUGAGGCCCCCCAACAGGCCCCCCGCCCAGGAGCAGCAUCAGCAUACUGGUGCACCAGGGCUCCACCUGCUGGCUCUGAACAGCCCUCAGACAGGGGCCAUGAGGGGCAUCCACAGGGCAGACCUGCUGUGCUUCAGCCAGGCCCAGGCCAUCGGGCUGAAGGGGACCUUCAGAGCCUUCCUCUCUGCGAAGCUCCAGGACCUGAACAGCAUUGUCCGCAAGGCCGACCGCAAUAGUGCUCCCAUCCUCAACCUCAAGGAUGAGGUCCUGUUCGACAGCUGGGAGGACAUCUUCAAUAACGGCAGGAUGAAGGAUGUUCCUAUUUACUCUUUUGACGGCAAGAACAUCAUGACUGACAGCACAUGGCCUCAGAAGAUGGUGUGGCACGGCUCGACAGCAGAGGGGCUGAGGCACAUGGACAGUUACUGUGAGACGUGGAGAAUGGGAGAGCAGACUCUAACCGGGAUGUCCUCAGCUCUACAGAGCGGCCAGCUCCUCCAACAAACCUCCACCAGCUGCUCCAGCCCCCUCAUCGUCCUGUGCAUUGAGAACAGUUACCACCCCAGCUUCUAGACUGUCCCCCCCACACAGGGCCCUGGACGACUCUAAGGUGCUUGGGGCUCCUGGGGCCCCUAGGGCUCAGCCUCAGGUUGGGCUCUGCAUGGUGACUGUAAUCACAUCACAUUUGUUCAUAAAGAAGGUUCUUCACUGGAGACUCAUAAGAGAUAACCUGCACAACAGAGAGGUCCCAGUGACCAAUCACAGCGCAGGCUGGGGGAGGGGCCUCAAAGAGACAGUCUCUCAUGAAGCAUUCUAAAGUUUUGGAUGCAUAAUUUCAUUAUGCUAAUUUCUCAGUCACAAAUAAUGUGUGUGGAGUAAUAAGUAAAAAGUUUAUACUAUAGUUUAAACAAAAUGCUAUUCCUUUGUGAUGUCCCCCGGGGCCAGGAACAGUGCAGACCUCUGCAUCUGCACACGACGAGGUGCUAUGUAAAUAUGGCUUUUAUACUUACAAUGUGCCUAUUGUUAUUAUAGUGUUUUGUGAUCAUUGUAAUGUUUCCAAAAUCAGGUAAAACCAGCCUUGAAAAGCCUAUCUAGGGUCAAAGCUAGAACUUUAGAAUAUUAACUGUUAGUAGAUUGUUUACCUCCUCAAAGGCAUUCCAUAAAUAUGUCGCAAAAAUGUAAUGUGUACCAUAAGAAAGGGGGAUAAGCCACACGACCCAUGCACUGCUACAGAUGUUAUAUAGCGUCUCUGAAACUUGUUCUUUUUGUUUUUUGUUAUUGUUUUUUACUGAUAUUUUUUAUGAAAUUUGUAAACCGCAGUAGACAAAAACCUGUCCCAGUGCCCCUGUAACCUGCAUGAGCACCACUCAAACACUGAACUGCUGCAGUUAAUAAAAAACGUGUG